UAGCUCCUGGCGGAUUUCUCAGGCCCCGGGAUUUCAGAGAUAUCAAAUCAUUAUAAUAUACAACAUCACAAUCAUUAACACCAUUCUGAUAAAUAUCUGCCCUCGAAAGCCAUCUCAAAAAGGCUGAUCACCAUGUCAAACAGCGUCGAGAGGGAAGCCGAGGACAACUACGAGGCGGAGAAUGACCCUUCUCCAGUCUCCGGAAGAGUCAUUGAUGACUCCUACGCCUACUCUGAGACACAGCCCGAACUGAGGAACCAGGUUCCCAUCCAAAGGGACGAGGACGACUUCGAGGACCCCGUCCAGCCUCCAUACGCCAACAGCAACGAGCAGCUGCAGGACGAUGAGAGGGAGGCUAUCGACCAGAACAACAUCCUCGGUGGUGAUCGAUUGCGCCACGCCAAAGCUCGUUCCUCGACGGGUUACAACGAAGGACCGGAUGAGAACGAUCUGCCCGAAGACGUCGCCGGCGGCGAUAAUGGACGCUCUGCCACCCGUCGAUUGUCGUAAAGCCAUGAAUGUUUCGCGGGGGUCUUGAAAUAUACCAAUGUCAUGGAUAAUGGAAUGGAGUAACGCGGCUUGACUGGCACCUGUAUCUAAAACAUCCUAGCAUUCGUGUCUUCUGUUGCACAGCGACGGCUCGUAGGAUGGUCCAGAGAGCCACAUCUUAACUAGAUCGUAUUUCCAAAAUAAUAAUAUAAGCUGAAUCACCUCAUUGUGAUGUGAGAGGCGAUUUCGACGUCGCUGCCAUGUAAUCUGACUAAGCUUUCCUCUUUCGGGCCGUCUGAUUGGAUAGAGAACAAUGAUCAUAUACCGCCUUCCGAAUAUCCAAUUCUGCCAGGCAUAAAUUGGCUGUGAAAAUUCUCACCGCUUUCUCGCGAGGACAGCUCGCAUUUGCGAUAACAUUCAGGACCAGAGAUCUUUUGGAACUGGCCAGUCCUC